GUGCGACAGCUACUUUUCAUAGUGGGAUCUGGUGCUUACGCCACUUUGUUGCCACCAUGAGUCGCAACUAUAACGAUGAGCUGCAGUUCUUGGACAAGAUCAGUAAAAACUGCUGGAGGAUCAAGAAGGGCUUCGUGCCCAACAUGCAGGUUGAAGGAGUUUUCUAUGUGAAUGAUGCGCUGGAGAAAUUAAUGUUUGAGGAAUUGAGGAAUGCCUGUCGGGGUGGUGGUGUUGGUGGUUUCCUACCAGCCAUGAAACAGAUUGGCAACGUGGCAGCACUGCCUGGUAUUGUUCAUCGAUCUAUUGGGCUUCCUGAUGUCCAUUCAGGCUAUGGGUUUGCCAUUGGGAAUAUGGCAGCCUUUGAUAUGAAUGACCCUGAAGCAGUGGUAUCUCCAGGUGGUGUCGGAUUUGACAUCAACUGUGGUGUCCGCUUACUAAGAACCAAUUUAGAUGAAAGUGAUGUCCAGCCUGUGAAGGAGCAACUUGCCCAAGCUAUGUUUGACCACAUUCCUGUUGGGGUGGGAUCAAAAGGUGUCAUCCCAAUGAACGCCAAAGACUUGGAGGAGGCCUUGGAGAUGGGUGUGGACUGGUCCCUAAGAGAAGGCUAUGCCUGGGCUGAAGACAAGGAACACUGCGAGGAGUAUGGAAGGAUGCUGCAAGCUGACCCCAAUAAGGUCUCAGCUAGAGCCAAGAAAAGAGGCCUUCCUCAGUUGGGGACCCUGGGAGCAGGCAACCACUAUGCAGAAAUCCAGGUUGUAGAUGAGAUUUUCAAUGAGUAUGCAGCUAAGAAAAUGGGCAUUGACCACAAGGGACAGGUGUGCGUGAUGAUCCACAGCGGAAGCAGAGGCUUGGGCCACCAAGUAGCCACAGAUGCUUUAGUAGCUAUGGAAAAGGCCAUGAAGAGAGACAAAAUUAUAGUCAAUGACCGUCAGUUGGCAUGUGCUCGGAUCUCUUCCGCAGAGGGACAGGACUACCUAAAAGGAAUGGCAGCAGCCGGGAACUAUGCCUGGGUCAACCGCUCUUCCAUGACCUUCUUAACCCGUCAGGCCUUUGCCAAGGUCUUCAACACGACCCCUGACGACUUGGACCUGCACGUGAUUUAUGAUGUUUCUCACAAUAUCGCCAAGGUGGAGCAGCAUGUGGUGGGCGGAAGGGAGCGGACGCUGCUGGUGCACAGGAAGGGCUCUACCCGUGCCUUCCCUCCCCAUCACCCCCUCAUUGCCGUUGAUUACCAGCUCACCGGACAACCAGUGCUAAUUGGUGGCACCAUGGGAACUUGUAGUUAUGUUCUCACUGGCACUGAACAGGGCAUGACUGAGACCUUUGGAACAACCUGUCAUGGAGCGGGUCGUGCAUUGUCCCGAGCAAAAUCUCGACGUAAUUUAGAUUUCCAAGAUGUCUUGGACAAAUUGGCAGAUAUGGGAAUUGCAAUCCGUGUUGCUUCACCCAAACUGGUUAUGGAAGAGGCUCCUGAGUCCUAUAAGAAUGUGACAGAUGUGGUGAAUACCUGCCAUGACGCUGGAAUCAGCAAGAAGGCCAUAAAACUGAGACCAAUCGCUGUGAUCAAAGGGUAGAACUUUAACCAACAGGCCCUCGGAUACCACUAACUGUCACAAAAUGGAAGUGGACUGAAACACUCUCAGACAUCACACUCAAGACCAGACAGGUUCCAAAGUGUGCAGCUGUAACUGCCCCGUGCCAAAAUGGUUGACAGGGAGGCUGCCGCUUCCGGGAGCCAAUGUUGUAAAAUAGCCUUUCAGGGGCUAUUUUCCCCAUCAGGAAAGGGAUGAAUGUGCUUCCUCCUCGGUUAUUCUUUACACCAAGUUCUGUUUAUAUCCCAGUAGGUGUCAUUAGAGCAUUCUAUUAAAUAUAAAGGUUUUGACUUGCUGAGUUUGUCCAUCUAUGAGCCACCCCUGCACUGAGCAAAAUCUUAAAUCCCCUUCUCACCUGGAGAGCACCCAGGACAUUAGAUGAGUGGAUAGUGGGAUUUGUUGAGGAGGAUGUAUUGGGGAGGUAAGGAAUAGGGGCCCAAAAGAGAAAAUAAUUUUUCUUAGUCUUGCUGCCUUUCAUAUUCUAAAUACAAGGCAAAGUUUUGCCUCGUCUGUAGCACAAUAUUUGCUGGUGUCUGUCAUUUAUUAGGCCUGACCUGGCAGACUUUUUUGAGUGAUGCUUUGCAUGGCAAAAGCAAAGAAACCUCACAUGAAAACCGCUAUCUUUACAUUUACAUUACAUUAAAUGACCACAGCUGUGACAUUAACAGUUGCUCUAUGUUGACAGUCUUAUGCCACUUAACCAGAUUUCAGGUUUUGUAUGAUGACAUCUCAAGGAACUUCAAGGACCAUUGCUGUAGGUACUGAGGCCUUGGCUGAGAGCAGACAGCAAGUAAAAUAGAAGAGUCUAACAAAGCUAAACAGUGUGCUGUCUGUAUUUUUUGCUCAGUAGUUUAUAGCAUAAGAAAAUUAGUUUUUGUACUUGAUUAACUUUGGACAUUGUUGCUGUUUUCAGAUUCCUCCCAGGUGACUUUAGAGACGCAUCCUAAAAUACUGUUUUCUAAAACUUACUCCUCAGCUUAUAGUAAAAUCCCCCACAGGGCAUUUUCUAUAUAACCUGCUGCUCUGAAAACCAAAGAAAAGUAGACUUCCUCUGAAAAUGUAUGAGGUAUGAAAUAGCAAUAACACUUCUUUACUCUGAGUGCUCAGUAACUUCAGUUUUUUGCUGGUAGAGUUUGAAAGUUAGAACUCUUAGGGUAAUGCUUAUGACCUACACCUCAUACCUUCAGAACAGGCCACCACUACUGAGCGUAUUGGACACAUGUCUACCAGAGGACAUUUAGAGAUGAGAACCAGGCUUCUAGAAGGGUGUAGCUUCUCUGAAAAUGAAGCAGCAUUGGGGUGUCUGCAGGCUUACUGUACCUGGGCUUGCUUAAUGACAUGGCAUUUGCAACUAAUUCAAAGCAGGUCUCCUUCCAAAACUGAUGUCAGCACAGGAAGUGCUGUAGAUCACCUUAAAUACGUAAGUUGAGUUUUAUUAGGAGCUUUGAAAGCUACUCUUGGUGAGGUAAGGGAAAUGAAGGGAAGAAUGGUUUGUGCAGUGGAAUUUUCUGCAUUAAUAAAUUCUGCCUAUAUGUCAUAUUCUCCAGCAAAUUUGACCCUGUUCAUGACCUUAGAAAGUAAUGGUUAAUAUUUUAAAGAUAUAUUGUUUUUCUUUUUCUAAAGAUGUUAUUUUCCCAUU